AUGGAAGGCAAACCAUUGAAACGUGUGCGCUCUGAGGACGAUGAGAGCAACAAUAAUGUAACUCAAACCAAAGUCUGGGUGAAUGAGAAAAUUAACGACUCGUGCGAUCCUGAAAAAAUGAAGGCGGUUCAUGAAAAAACUACGAAAAUGCUUUUCAAGGGAGCUGCUAACAUCGAUGCGAAGAAAGAUGAGCCAAAGGAAGAGACUACAACACCGGCACCGAUUCCCGUUAGUCCGGAAAAUUUGUGCGAGCAAUACCAGCUGAUUGGCGAUGGCAACAUAAUACUUCGUGACAUGAAUCCGGAUACUGUCAAUCCAGGUCUGGAGCGACGACUAUCCACAUGCUGCCGUCGCCCGACCCUAAUCCGCGGCACUUGCGUCAAUUGUACAUUUGACUUGUGCGAGGAAUGCGGCUAUUCGUGCGUCGAAUGCAGCCAGUUUAUAUGCCGCACUUGUGUCACUCUGUUCGGCAAUCGUCCGGAAGAAGCCGAGCAUCCACUGUGCGAAGUCUGUCAAAUGUUCGUGGCCUAAGCGAAGUGUGCGCUUACCAAUACACACAAACAAGCACACAGUCGCACACACUUGCAGGCAGGUGCAAUCAAACAGAAAACUGAAUGUAUACUUUAUAGCAUUAUAAAUGAAAAAGAAGUACAAAUCAAAAUAAGUAA